AUGGAUGGAACUUUUCAAAGGAUUGAAGUUGGCAAAAAUGCUUGGGUUGCGAAAGAUCACUCUGGAUUUGAUUAUUUGCGACUAACCGAGGAUGUCAAAGACCAAAAUGGAGAGGAUGAGGGGAAAGACCCUAGAUUCCGCAUUCCCUGUCUCAACCCUCCUCCUGUAGUUUUCGAUUUCGAUGAGGAUCUCUUGUUCAACAACAACCAAUACGACAAUGGUAGAAAGAGUUUGUUGCUGAAUGGUAAAGAAGAAGAAGAAGAAGAUUUCGACGAUUGUGAUUCUGGAGACGAUGGAUGGACGAGCUCUGCAGUGGUCUCGUGCCGGGAAGAACUAUUAGAAGAAGACGAUGACGAAGGAGGAGAGAUUGAUGUAAGAGCAGAGGAGUUCAUUGCCAAGUUCUACCAGCAAAUGAAGCUGCAGCUUCAGAUUUCCUAUAUCCAAUACUAUGACAUGCUUAAUAGAGGAACAAGUUGAGGUGUUAAAUGUGCGAUCGAUUAAGUUCUUGUUUCAAAAUAAAACUCAUUUUAUUCCCUUUGAAUC